AUGGCUAAGGGCAAGAAAAAGGCCAGCAAAACUGCUGUCACGGUAAAUAAGCCUUCGGAGCCCAAUUCCACCAAAAAUGAGCCUAUUACAGACUCCAACUCAUUAAAAACAGACCAGAAUGCUAACGUCAAAGACACAUCUGAAACUGCAUCUGAACCUGCAUCUCAACCUGCAUCUGAACCUGCAUCUGCCCCUCUAGAUAAAGGAGAUAACAAAGAAUUGAACGAGGAGAUUGUUCGACUGCAAGCUGAAAUUGCCGAGUUAAAGCUCAAAGCUCAAGUGCAGCCAGAAGCCCAAAAUGAAGACCAAGAUUUGAGCGCCAAGUUAGCACAGGUUCAAGAGGAAAGAGACCAUUUCGAACAUCAGUACGACUCACUGUUGGACCGCUUGUCUUCAAUGAAGGCAGUUUUCAGCAAAAUGCGAGAGUCACAGGAAGAGCUGCAAUCUUGUCAGGACCAGCUAAGAGAGUACGAAUCACAAAACCUCAGUUUGAAGGAUAAACUGGACUCAACCCAGCGACAAAAUGAAGAGCUUCGCAAUUUGACAGGGACUUUGAACCAAGAACUCUCCGGGCUUGAUGAAGAAAACGAAAAAUUGACCAGCAAGUGCUCCGAAAUCGAGAGCACGAACGAGGCCUUAAAAGAUGACAUAAAACGAUUGAUAAAAGAGCAUGAAAGGAAGCAGGCACACUCAAAUGAUAAAGUACAGGAGCUAGAACUCGUCUUGAGUAACUUCAAGCAGGACGCAGGCUCAACCAAAGAUGAACUCGAGGACGCUAUCCAGCGCUUGCAAAAGGCGGAGCUGGCGAAAGCAAAAUUCGAGAAAGAACUCACCAGCUUGAAAGCUCAACUUGAAGAAGAACAAGCAGAAAACCUCAGGAAAAACGCUACUAAUGAUACCUUGAUCGAGGAGCUUACCAACAAGCUGGAAGGCACAGAGCUGUCACUAGCGGAGACACGGGAAAAACUAGAGAACUCCAGGUCUCAGGUCGACGCUAUGACGGUCGAUGUCUCGCAAAAGGAAGCCUUGCAGCAGGAAUGCAAAGAGAAGGCGCUACAGAUUGGGAAACUGCGUCACGAAGCAAUUAUACUGAAUGAACAUCUUACAAAAGCUUUGGCGAUGCUGAAGAAAAGUAAUGACUCAGAGAACGUCGAUAAAGAGCUCAUCUCAAAUCUUUUGAUCUCAUUUGUCUCAAUCCCUCGUGCAGAUCCGAAGAAAUUCGAGGUCUUGGAGCUCAUCUCCAGUUUUCUGAACUGGGACGACGACAAAAAACAACAGGCGGGCCUAAUACUAUCUGCCAAUGGCAUUAGGUCCACGAACAAUGGCUCAAAAACUCAAAACUUUGUUUCUUUAUGGACUGAGUUUCUCGAGAAAGAAAGCGAAAAAUAA